AUGGGAGUGGUCGAUAAUGGGAGUGCAACAAACAUCAUUUUCUUGGAAGCUUUUCGAGGAAUGAGGUUCACAGAAAGAGACUUGAAGGCGUGCCCUUUGCCGCUCUAUGGAUUUACUGAUGAUAGCCUGGUUCCUAAGGGGAUGAUCGACCUCCCCGUGACUCUUGGGGCAGAGCCUAAGAUAAGGAUGGUGAUGGCCGAAUUCCUAGUGGAUACUAUUGAUCCUCGCAUACAUAGAGAAAAGCCCACAGCAGGGCCGACAGAAGAGUUGCGAGAAAUAUGUGUUAGCGAGGAAGAUCCAACUCGCAUACAAAAAGUUGGCAGCAACUUGAGCAAAGACAUGGCUGACAACCUGGCGGGGUUUUUGAAGAAAAACCUUGACGUUUUCGCAUGGGUGCAUGCGGAUAUGGUAGGGAUCAGCCCCAAGGUAAUGUGUCACAAGCUGAACAUCGACUCGAAAGCUCGGCCGAUAAGGCAUAAAAGAAGGUCUAUAGAUGUAGAGUGCUCCAAAGCGCUCAAGGAUGAAAUUGAUAAACUCCUAAACAUCAAUUUCAUUAGAGAAGUGAAGUACCCGGAUUGGCUCUCCAACCCAGUCUUGGUUAAGAAGUCGAAUGGCAAAUGGCAGACUUGCGUUGACUUCACGGAUCUAAAUAAAGUUUGUCCAAAAGACAACUUUCCGCUACCACAGAUUGACCAACUUGUAGAUGCAACAAUUUGA